GACAAGGUGGGUCGCGAUCUUGAUCCCUAGUUCAUCGGCGUCUAACACGUCCACUUGCCAGUGCGUUUCGAAAGUCACUCCAUAUUAUUGCUUUCAGACUGAACGGGUCUUCUUCAAUGUCAAGGUUUGUCAUCCCUAACCCCUGUUCGCCUCAGCGACAAGGCCAACAGUGGACCCUCGAACGCGCCUCUCCUGGACAGUUCUACAUUAAGAGCCAUCUUAACACAUAUCUCAAUGUCGAUGGUCCCUGGAGGAAUCGCAUGCGUGUCAUUGACUCCCCAAACAGACAAGCAUGGAAUAUUCGGGUGCAUGGCGCUGCUUCGAACACGUUUAGGAUCUUCUAUCCAGGAACCAAUUCUGCGGUUGGCUUAGAUCGGAAAUACAUUGAUUAUGGAUUUGAUUCUGGAUUGAUUCAUUUGUGGGGAUCGAACGUCCGGAACUCGGACCAGUUAUGGACAUUCGGCCUCGCAUCCGACUGGAACCGUUUCAACUUCGACUACCGUCCCUACUUGGUAAGUACCCGAAACUACUAUUGCCAAGGAACACACUCGACAAGAAUCGGACAGAUUGUGAACCGUGAAGCGGGGACCGCAAUCGGACCCAGCGAUGAUCAAAAGUUGGUUCGCAUCCAGUGCAGCCCCGCCUACCGAGUUGACUGACAUUUUCAAAUUUGAAGAUCUGUGAUUGGGUUUCCAAUCACCCCCCACGCGCUGAAUCUAGAGGUGAUAAGUCUCUUGCGUUGUGAGGAACUCUCAUCAUAGACGAUGCGCCGCUUUUUAUAGUGGAUGUUUGAGGCGUCCGGGAGCAACUAUUCCA